CCCAGCUGAAAUAGGAGCUUUGAGGCUCUGCAGGGAGCCUCCGCGGCCUUGGGGACGGUCCUCCCGCAGGCGCUUCCCCAUCCGCUGGGCAGUGCUCCUUUUCCGCAGGCUUCAAAGCCUCCAGCCUGAGUCAGCAGGGGGGCGGUGCCUAAAAUUCUGCAUUUUUAAGUAAGCAAAAAAGGUGACCCCAGCGGCGACCUCGCUUGAUGCUCCCACGUUAUGAUCUGCGAUCCUGGAAGUCAUCUCAAAGGUCCUGAGCUGUCACUGAGCUGUGACCGCGGGAGCCAGGAGGCGCCACCUGCUUCCCUCAACUGCCCCUGUGCUGCCCGCUGAUUCUCCUGAGACUCCCGUUUGCUUCUGAACCGCACAACCGAGGGCAGCAAUGGACGUCCAGGGCUCUGCUGGAAGAAGCCUGGGCGUCAAAGACACCCGCUGGUACGGGCUGACGGUGCGCAGGGGCACGGUGCUGGCCGGCGCCUUCUCCAUCCUGGCCACACACCUGUACCUGAUCUUCGAGCAGAAGCACCUGGCCCAGAUCAACUGCACCCAGGCCCGCCUGGCCGGCGGGGUGGCCAAGGACGCCGUCAGCCUCUUCAUCAUCUGCUGGAGCCUGGUGCUGAUGGUGCUCCUGUCGCUGGUCACGCUGGCGGUCAGCGGCUUCCUGCUGUACGCCGUGUACGCACAGGUCUACCUGGGCGCGCUGCUCUACGUGCUCUGGAUCCCGCUCUACGAGGGCGCCAGCCUGGCCGUGCAGGUCCUCACCAGCCGCUUCAGCAGCAGGGUCGUGCGGGUCAUGCGCUGGUUCGGCCUGCUGAGCCGCCUGCUCCUGCACUGCUUCUGGCUGACCUUCGUCACCGCCUACGCGCGCCUGAGCUACUCCAGCCAGCCGGAGGGCAACAUCCUGGCCUACAGCAGGCGCGGCUCCACCAGGAAGUUCUAGGCCCCUGCCUCCUUCCCUGCCUUGUCAUGUGCACCCCGGAAACCUGAUCACCCCAUCCCGGAGGCCACGUGAGGAGCGCGGACCCCAGCCUCCCUGGGCCCCACCUCCUCCGGCCUCAGUCCCACCUUCUCGGGCAAAAGCACAGUGCAUGCCAACAAAAUGCCCCCGACCAUGCUCUUCACUUACCCGGACGGGCAUCACCGGGAGGGGACGCUUGGCCUUGGGCGGGUUUGUGCUCUGGCUGCCUCCCUGAAUCUCUUGAAUCCGUGCUAAAUUCCAGAGCAGUGGAACAAUAAAAAUAGAAAACUG